UGCGCCUCACUCUGCGCUGCGCAAAGACGCGACGGCGCUCGUCGGCAAACACUCUUCAUUCUGCCGCGCCGCGCAGGACAUUAGGACCAACUACUUCUCCUUCUUCAUGGGAAAAACCUUCAUCUUGAUUUAUAGGACAAACAGGGCAAAGUUACCUUGCAGGAAGGAGCUUCCACGGACCACGACACCGCAAUGAGUUGGGGGGCACUCUACGCCCAGCUGGGCGGCGUCAACAAACACUCCACCAGCCUCGGGAAGAUCUGGCUCUCCGUCCUCUUCAUCUUCCGCAUCACCAUCCUGGUCCUGGCCGCCGAGAGCGUUUGGGGCGACGAGCAGUCAGACUUCACGUGCAACACGCAGCAGCCCGGUUGCAAGAACGUGUGCUACGACCACUUCUUCCCCGUGUCGCACAUCCGCAUGUGGUGCCUGCAGCUCAUCUUCGUCUCCACGCCGGCCCUGCUCGUCGCCAUGCACGUCGCGUACAGGAAGCGCGGCGACAAGAGGACCAUUCUGGCCUCCAACCGCACCGAAAACUCCGACCUGGAGACCCUGAAAAAAAGGCGUCUGCCCAUCACGGGCCCUCUUUGGUGGACCUACACCUGCAGCCUGUUCUUCCGCCUCAUCUUUGAGGGCGGCUUCAUGUACGCGCUGUACUUCGUCUACGACGGCUUCCGGAUGCCCCGGCUCGUGAAGUGUGAGCAGUGGCCCUGCCCCAACAAGGUGGACUGCUUCAUCUCCCGACCGACGGAGAAGACGGUCUUCACCAUCUUCAUGGUGGCCUCUUCGGCCACCUGCAUGGUGCUGAACGUGGCCGAGCUGUUCUACCUCAUCGUCAAGGCACUCCUGAGGUGCAUGGACCGGUCGAGCAAGAGGAAACACCCCUACGCGGAGAGCGUGUCGAGGGACAACAAGAAGAACGAGAGGCUGUUGUCGUCCUCCACUGAUUCGUCCAGCAACAAGACCGUGUGCUGAAGAGCGACGAGAGGGAUGGACUUUAGAUCCAUCUGUGGACCUCCAUUAGAGCCGUCUAGUGGGAUACAGAGUCUGUAUUCCUGUGGGAAAGUUUUAGUUCUGCGUCUUAACCUGCAGCAGAACUCGUGUCGACCCGAGGGAAUUGGACCUCGGCGGUAUUUUUUGUAAUUUUUUUCACGCGUGACCUUACAUUUUCCACUCAUGCACUGUAGUGCUGUUCACAGCUGAGUUUUUUUUCGUUUUUAGUUUAGUUUGAGUUCUACCUAGCCACUUACCUAGUAACAAUCAAAGCAGUUUAACAAAUAUUAGUUUACAAUUUUUAAAAAUUGCUUUAAAGCCAGAAGGACCUCUUGCUGUAAUCUCAAUAUUUGACUAGAUAUCAAAUGUGCAAUAACAAUGUUUUGGGUAGAGAAUAUUUUGCCAAGAAUCCCGAUAGAUUAAGAACCAGCACGAAGCUGCUUAUAAGAAGUUAAAUAAUAAUUUGUUCUCACGGAAAACCCCAGCAGAUUGCAAAAUACCAAGUGAUACCUUGAUGAUUAUUAUUAUUAUUAUUACACUAGAGAGAUAUGUGUUUGACUUCUGGUUGAAGCCCGAAGCUGUAACAAAAGUUUAAAGGCGCUAUUGCUACGGAGGAGAAUGAGCCUACACUGACAUCUAGUGGUGAACAAUGAGAAGAGGCGAGAAUUAAUUAAAGGGAAAUCUACUUUUCACGGCUAUUGAUCAAAGGCGGAUUGGUUAAAAAUGUAGCUGCGUUGACUAAAUCGUCUUUUCACGUUUACGUUUUUGUGUGUAAGAAUUUAACUGAGAAGAAUGCAGGCGUUUCACUUUGUUAGGAGACUAAAAUCAAUCAAAUGUUGUUGUUUUUUUGUUGUUGUUUCUUUUGUGACCGAAAUACAAGACAAAAUCAGACAGCAUUUCCCUUUUUUAAAAUAUGAAAUAUCAACAAAAAAAAAAAAAGGUGCAAUAAUAUAAAGAGCAUUUGAACAGAUUCAGGAAGAAAGCUGCCUAUCAGUCUGGUGUUCAAUCAAAUGUUAAUAGUGAAGGUGUGAAAAAAUGAAUCCUGGACAGAGAAAAGGGACGAUGAGCUCCAGAUACAGAGUAGAGCUGUCAUGUUUCCAGUUUAAUCAACCAAAUUCAUCUUUUAGCUUUUGCCUGAUUAUAAUGUUCUUAAACCAAUAGAUUUUUAUCUUUUUUUUUUUUUUGCGUCUUACAAAACAAUUCAUUCCACUUGAACUUCUCACGUCUUGUCAUACAACCACAAACGUCAAUGUAUUUUUAUUGGACUUUUAUACCAAACAGGUGUAUACAUUUUGUGAUUGUGAACAUCAGUUUUCAUGUCUUUCCCUAAAUUAUUAUUUGGCUUUCGUGGACUUUGACUGGGCCUUUUCAAACACAUGAAAAUGUGUGCUUCUUAAAUGAGAUUGUGCUGUAGUCUCGAGUCUUUUGAUGGCCUCUAAUUGAUUUCCUCCCACUAUUACCCAUCAGCCAGCUGUCCUAAACCCACAGCAUGAUACUGCCACCACCAUGCUUCACAACUAAGCGGUUUGUGGUUGUAAUGUGACAAAUUGUGUGAGAAUUUAAGCAACGUGAAUACUUUUGCAAAGUUUGCACAGAUGAACAGUGUUUUCAGAAAUAUGUACAGUUAAAUGCUAAAUUACCCAUAACCCUGGUAGAUUUAGGUUUAAAAUAAUCUGAUCAUUUUUACAAAUAUGAUUCCACUGACUUGAAGUCAUUUUAAUGUUUGGGGACCUUGAGAUUAGGGUGACGGUAAGGAGGACAUCCAAACUAGAAGAUUUGGAGCUUAUCAAAGAUCGAGCAACAAAACAGUUCUGGGAACAUGCAAAAGGUUGGCCAGCGAUUAAAUACUUUUCCAUUGAUCACUGAGAUUAUUUUAAUGAAAUACAACUAAAAGACUGCUUUUUCAAAAACUGAUCCUCCUUAUACAUUGUUGUAUUAUCUUUUGUGUCAUUUCUUGACACAAACAAACGUCUUGGAUGAAUGGAAACGAUUUGAAAUCUAAAUCUUCCAGGAGUAUGAAUUAUUUUGAUGGGUGUCACUUUGACCGGCGGAGGCUCUGCAUUCAGGAAGGAGGCAAGGCAACAAAAUGCAGUCGAUGUAGAUUUACUUAGAGCUGUAGGUCACAGUUACACCGACACCCUUUUAUUUUUUUUAUUUUUAUUUUUUACAGUGAGACAAAGAAGCUGGCUUUUAUACUUUGGGCAAUUCCAACACUCAUACCAAGUAAAGGUAUGACAAAACAAAACAAGAAAUAAUUAUUUACACAAACCUAACACAAAACUAAAUGGUACCAAUAAAUAUUUACAUGCAUGCAAAUUAUUAGAACUAAAAUCAAUCAAAGAUUAAAUGUAACUUAAUAUAACUCUUCAGAGCAUUACCCCUCUUAAUUGAAAACAGUACGCUCCAGGAGCUUUUUAACAGCACCUGGAGCUCCCUUUGCUGCUCCACCCUGCCGAGGAGACACACCCUGAAAGGUAAGACUCAAACAAUUGGCCUCAAAUUGAAACAAACUGACAUUUCCCCACAUUCCCCCUGUCCAGGAAGGAUGGCCAGUCCCUCUGCCUGAAAGAAUGUUUAAAUAAACGUCAAUGUAACUGAAAUAAAGAGCUGAAACAAAAAGCAUUUGUUCUGUAAAUAAAUAUAAUAUCAAUAAUCAUUUAUUAGGGAUGGAGCCCCUGGUCUCCAUCACAAUGGGCUGAGCUGUAUCUGACAUUCAAACUAAAUAGAGAAUCAAAUAAGCGUCUGUCAUGCGUGUAGCUAUGUAUAAAUAUGAGUUUUUGGCUCUUUGUAAUGUUUGGUUUGCCUAAAUUCAAAGCUUUUCUUUACAAAUGCAGAUGUUGCCAACUGGUUCCGUGGAUCCAUUUAUCGCUUUUGUCCAUUCUUCUUGUCUUCACGUCAUGUGGGUACCGUGGGUACUAAAUGUAUCAGCCUUAUUUUAGCCGGCGCUCUGAUCACAGCUCGGCCUCCCAAUUAAGACAAAUCUCAAACCCAAACACGUCUUCGUCGUCCCUCCGUCCAGGAAUAGACGUCACGGAUUAGUCGCAUCUGUCUGUCGAAACGGACACCCGGCUGGUGCGCAAUGACCGCUAAGUGAGAUGCGCCGGCGCCAAUUAGACGUGUAAAUUCCUCUGUUAUAGAAAGUGACGCUCGGCGUGGUUUGGUUGUGUAACAGCUCUGGCUGAUGCUGUUGUUUGGAGUUUGCACAGUGUUGCACUCUGGGGAUUUUAGAGUUGUUAAAAAAAAAGAAUUGUAAACCCGCUCUUACCUUUGACUUCCUGGUGUACAUUUUUUUUCCCCAUCACUGCAGACUUUAAAACUGACCUUGCUUCCACAGUAAUGUAACAGUUGGAUACUAACAGCUAUGCAACGCUAGCAGAGAGAAAUGAACCAAUGAGAUGCUUCGGAUUGUGAUUUUUGUAUGAGAUAUCUUGUACCCUUGCACUUUGAUCCUUCAACUUGUUUUUUCUUUUGAGAAAUUUUUCAUAAAUUAGUGAAAACACAA